AUGCGCGACGACCGCUCCAGCACCGACGAGCCGCGCACGCCCGUCUCGGCUACGAGCAGCGCGAUGUUCCGCCGCGCACCCCUCCCCGCCGUCAAAGGCACGAUGGGGGGCAUUGAAUCACCGCGCCGCGAGCUCUUCUCGCCUGCUGCGUCCACAUUGUUGGUGCAACACACCAUGCUCCGCUUCCCGCCGCACUCAGCACUGAAAGCCUCCCCGUCGCAGACACAGGUGUGCAUCUCAAGCGCUGGCUUGCUCUCUCCUCGCUCCGUCGCGUCGCUCCUCGUCUCCCGUGUACGGAUUUGA